CUGGCUCAAAAACAAGAUUUUUCAAUGUCCAUUUAAAGAUGUUGAAUAAACAUCUAUAUUUAACCAGGAAAUGUGCGUCUGUCAAAAGACUCAUCACACAUUCAUAGAAUAUCUUUUCUUUAAAAAAGCAUCUCAUAUCUAGCGGCAAAAAGAAUCAAACUAAAAUGAACACAGGAGCGGACAUGGUUUCCAUCCUGACUACUUGGAAGUAGGUCUGUUGCUUUACACAACCUAUGACACUUGCAUAACACCAUCACCCCUGUCAGAUAGGUUAUCAAAUAUCUACAUCAGCACCCAGGGGUCUCUCUGUCAAGGUAUUCAGAGUCCUCACUUUUUGAUAAUGCUAAAAUGUAAAAAUUAUCCCCAUAAUAAAACAAAGAGCUUAACCAGAUACAUUGUUAUAGACUGAGUUGUUUCAGACCUAUAGGAGGAGGACAGGAAGAAAGAGUCAGGUUGUAAAGGAGGAGGACAGAAAAGGAGGAAACUCGCAGAAACAACAUGUGCUGCUGGUGACGCAGAAGGAGGCAGGCGGGGCUAAGCUGUGUAUAAGAGCUGAUGCUGAGUCCUCUCAGCGGCUACUAUCACCGGUUUCCUUGGAUCUGCUGCUGUACUAUCCUAACUACUGACACCACAAUGAAGAUAAAGAUUCCAGUGCUGUUCAACGCUGUUCUUUUCUUUGUCUUAGCCGUCAAAGCGAGUGAGAAAAAGAACGUGAAAGCUGGAGAAAAAAUCACUCUGCUGACCGGAUUCACUGAUCUACGUGGUGACUAUUCUGUUUGGUUGUAUUUGAGGAAUGGCACCCAAAAAGACACACUCAUCAAAUGUGAUGGAGAAGAAGUGGAGUGUGAGCUCUCUAAGAUGUCUGAAGGAAAACUGGACAGAGAAAAUGGCUCUUUGACAUUUGGGCCGCUAAACGUGGCGGACAGCGGCGUUUACGGGAUACAAACCAUUGAUGGAGACAACAUCAAUCAUGAAAAAGACUAUGAAGUCACUGUGUCUGAUGAUCCAAACCCAGUGACUGAAAAACUCCCAGAAAGCAGGAAUGAUCCCAACAACCAGAGGAGCCACAUAGUUGUUGCUGUACCAACUGGCUUUGCACUGCUGAUAGUUGUCGUCCUGAUGGUCAAGAUGAAGAAACAGAAAAUAAAGAAAGGAAAUACUCAGGAAGUCCUUGACAUUCCGCUUCAAGACAUUCAACCUUAAGGAGAAAGAGAUGAGAGAAGAUCCAGGAUGAAUUUGACCAAAAAGAUAAAUCUGUCAUCAAACUAUUGCAGAGGAAACACACUGUAGCUACAUUUCACACAUGUUGUUUUGUGCCUUAAAGGAAAUCAUCAGGUUUAAUCAGGAUAUCCUCUAUAAGGAUCCUGCUGUCUGCUCUCUCAGAAAGAAAAAGGGAAACUGAGUAAAUCAGCAGCAUAUAAAGGAUCGGUGUCACAGCUGGAAAGUAGUCCGGCACAAUAUGGCCUCGGCAAGCUCCAACCAAAGGGACUCAAAGAUUCCAGAGUUGAAUUUGUUUGUAAAAUGGUGUGUGUGGUCACCUUUGUAUCAUUGACCCUGAAGUUGCUGUUGUGUCUCUUCUCCUGUCCUUUUGCUCCUUUUGCUCCUUUCCUGCGUGUCAUUCCUUCACUCUCUCCCUGAUUUCUGACUAUCCACUGUUCUCUCAAAUAGAAGUAAGGUGUAGGUAUUUUUGUGUGAGUCACAGGCAGCACAAGAUGAUGAGCUUUCAUCUCCGCUCUACUUCCUAUCUAGAGCCGUGGCUCGACGGCUGAAGCAGGUGCAGCAAAGAGAAAGACUUUGGACCCUGAAGUGAAGUCUAUAUAAGGAGUGGUAUGUGGGGAGUGAAAUUAGCUUCAUUAUAAUCUUCGUGUUACAACUUAAAUUAUCCCAAAAUACAUUUGUGAUAUACUGGCACACUUUUUGCACAUUUGUAAAGACCGAGAAAUGACUCAGGGACGUGAAAUGACUCAGGGACGUGAAAUGACUCAGGGA